AUCAUCAGAAAAGAGCUGGGUGUCUCUCCAUGGCUGCUGCCCAAUUGUUCUUCACAUACUUUGCUAUGAUCUUGGCCAUCAUGCUGCCUGCAUUUGGGGAGCUGUCACCAGACUUUUACGAGGAGGUUUGCCCGCUGGCAUUACCCACAAUCAAACUAAUAGUUCAGCAGGCGAUUGCUUUUGAGUCUCGGAUGGGUGCGUCAUUGAUCCGGUUACACUUCCAUGACUGCUUUGUUAAUGGUUGUGAUGGAUCAAUUUUGUUGGAUGAUACCCCAUCUUUGACUGGCGAGAAGACGGCGGUGCCGAAUAAUGACUCCCUUAGGGGCUUUGACGUGGUCGAUCGAAUUAAAUCUGCUGUCAAUUUGGCAUGUUUAGGAAAUGUGGUCUCAUGUGCUGAUAUCCUGGCGGUCGCUGCUCGAGACUCAGUUGUUGCUCUUGGAGGAAGCUCCUAUGAUGUGCUCCUAGGCCGAAGGGACGCGACGACGGCGAGCAGGGACGCAGCGAAUGCCAACAUCCCUGCCCCAUUCUUGGAUCUUCCAGACCUCAUCGCCAACUUCAAGUCCCACGGUCUGGGCCUCGAGGACCUUGUGGUCCUCUCCGGUGCACACACCCUCGGCUUCUCUCGAUGCGUUGUCUACCGAAACAGAAUCUACAAUGAGACAUCCACCAUCGAUGGUGACUUCGCCGCUUCCCUCCGGGCCGUGUGUCCACCGUCAGGGGAUGACGACAGCCUCUCACCGCUUGAUGAGUCUCCGGCGAGCUUCGACACGGCCUACUACCAGGAUCUAGUGGAGAGAAAGGGACUGUUGCACUCGGACCAGCAGUUGUUUAAGGGGGACGGGAGCUUGGCUGAUGAGCUGGUGCAGAAGUAUAGUGAGAACCUUGAUGCCUUCUGGGCUGCAUUUGGGGUGGCUAUGAUUAAGCUGGGGAACAUGAGCCCCCUGACAGGGAGUGAUGGGGAGAUCCGUGAGAAUUGUCGAGCUGUGAAUUCGGACUAGAAGAAGAGUUUGGUUGGGGGCCUGGAUUGGGGGGUUCUGUAUGUGGGGUGUUCACAAGAUGGCUUCUUGUGUGUAGCAUUACGUAUGCUUUGGGCAAAAGCUUUCGUGCAUGCAUUACUUUGGCAACUGAGAAAAAUAAAUAACAGAAAUUCUUUGUACGCCGUGGGCGGCAUAAAAAA